AGCAUGGAGAAAGCCUCUCUGCUUUCUAAUGCUUGUCUGAUGCUACUUGGGAGCAUCUAUAAUCAAAGUCCAGUGAUAGUUUUACAUAGAGGUGUGAAAAUAAGCCUGGCUGACCAAGAAACCGGGGCCAAUGGUGCUGGAAGGGAUAUGUCAGAGACCUGGUGCCUAGGGGAGAUAUGAGAAAAACAUACCCAUAGCAGCCAACAGAAACAAAAUUCCUGGGCAGCUUAAGAGCCUCAAGAGCUACUCACAAGACACCCCCUCUAAUUCCCUCCUUCUCCCCCCUUUAGGCUUUGUUUGGGCCCUUAUGUGUAGGUACAGAGCCCUAAUCUCUCUGGCAUGCAAAUAACCACCGGUUUGCAGUGCUUUUCCCCUUCACCCAUUUCCCAAAUCUGGCCCCUCACAGCAGGGAAGGGAGGGCGAGAGAAGGCAGGGCCUCCCAGAGGAAAGCACAAGAGGGCUUAAUGGAUCUCCUAUGCCUCACUGAUGGGGACUUCUGUAGCAGGGAAAGUCCUGGAGGGCUCCCAGGACUGAGAUGGGAGAGGCUUGAGGGAAGAUCUUGGGAGCCAAAAGGGAUCCACGUUGCUGGCUUUCACCAUGCACCAGCCUGCAGGCAAGGCUGGAUAUGGCGCAAGUGGGGUGCUGCAGGUGCAGCAGAUGCAGCUCUCCCGUCUCAGCUGGGAGCUGUGACCCUGCUUGGCUGUGUCUGACCAGGAGUUAGUUACAGAGCUGUAGGAUGCCCAAGCUCAAGGGGAGAGCUUCCCACCUCUGCUCAGUUGUGGCUUGACCUCAGAGCCUGAAGCAAUCCUGCCCUGCCUGGCAGGAUAAAGGUACAGAGAGAUAAUGUGGUACCCCAGGGAGGCUCUCGGAGCUUGGGGAUGGCCGACAUGGAGAGAAACCUUGUAGCAGAUGUUUGCCUGUCCUGCUUUUCUCUUCUUGCAGUGCCUGGAGAUUUCCCUCUUUCUUUUUUCCCCUCCUUCUGUUGCCUUGCUUCCUCCCACAAUGUCUUUCCUCUCCUAGGCUAGACAAUGGGGAGACGUGACCCAGAGGAAGGGCAUCUCCCAGCUCCUGUGAAGCCCCCAGAUGGUGGCUGGGGCUGGAUCGUGCUCCUUGGCUGCUUUGUGAUCACCGGCUUCUCCUAUGCCUUCCCAAAAGCCGUCAGUGUCUACUUCAAGGAGCUCAUGAAAGAUUUCCAUGUGGGCUACAGUGACACAGCCUGGAUCUCCUCCAUCAUGCUGGCCAUGCUCUAUGGGACAGGACCGGUAUGCAGCAUCAUGGUGAACCAGUUUGGCUGCCGGCCCGUGAUGCUCAUUGGCGGGCUGCUGGCUUCCUCUGGGAUGAUCUUGGCAUCUUUCACCACCAAUAUCAUUGAGCUUUAUCUGACAGCCGGCGUGCUGACAGGUUUGGGUAUGGCGCUGAACUUCCAGCCCUCACUGAUCAUGCUGGGCACAUACUUUGACAAGCGUCGGCCUCUUGCCAAUGGACUGGCUGCUGCUGGGAGCCCUGUUUUCCUUUCCUCCCUCUCUCCACUGGGGCAAGUGCUGCUGGAGAAGUUUGGCUGGCGAGGAGGGUUCCUUAUCAUGGGUGGCCUCCUGCUUAACUGCUGCACUUGUGGGGCAGUCAUGAGACCCUUGGAUACAGGCAUGAAGAGGAAGACGGAGAAAACGCGGGACAAAUAUGAAGCCAAGGAGAUGCUGCCCAUGGGAGGUAAAACAGAGGAGGGAAUCAGCACCACUGACGGAACCAUGAAAGCCAAGAAAGCCAAGAAGAAGCCCAGGAAAGGAAAGAAGCUUCUGGAUUUUAGCAUCUUUUCCAACCGAGGGUUUAUCAUUUACACUAUUUCCAAGUUCAUCCUGGUCCUGGGUCUCUUCGUGCCCCCCAUCUUGCUGGUCAACUAUGCCAAGGACACAGGUGUGCCAGACACAGAGGCUGCAUUCUUGCUCUCUAUCAUUGGUUUCAUAGACAUCUUCGCCCGCCCAGCCUGCGGCAUGGUGGCAGGGUUGAAGUGGGUCCGCCCUCACGUGGCAUACCUGUUCAGCUUCUCUAUGCUCUUCAAUGGCUUGACAGACAUCUGCAGUGCCAGGGCUAGCAAUUACACGGGGCUGGUCAUCUUCUGUGUGUUUUUCGGCAUCUCCUACGGCAUGGUGGGGGCACUGCAGUUCGAGGUGCUCAUGGCCAUCGUGGGCUCCCAGAAGUUCUCCAGCGCCAUCGGGCUGGUCCUGCUUAUUGAGGCUUUCGCUGUGCUCAUCGGGCCACCCUCUGCAGGCCGCUUGGUUGACGCUCUCAAGAACUACGAGGUGAUCUUCUACCUGGCAGGCUCAGAGGUGGUGCUCUCUGCUCUCUUCCUGGCCAUGGCCACCUAUUGCUGCCUGAACCGAGGCAAGAAGAAGGAAGGUUCCCCGGAGAAGAACCCUGCCGCGGGUGGUGGGAGCGACACUGAGGAAGCAGAGUCCGAUGUGCAGGAGGCUGAGGAGCACAGCAGUGACAACCACCAGCCAGCCCACAGCACCGACAAUGCCGUGGUGGCAGCCAGCGAGGAGGCCAACCAUGUGGCAGAGGAGCAGGGCAGGGAGGGAGGCGGGUGUCCCGCUGGGGACGGGGAGGUGCUGGCACGAGACAGCUGCGAUGCUGACCAGACGGUGGAGAGGGACAGCUUUUAGCCAGGGCAGAGGAACAGGGAUGUAUAAAUCUGGCCUUGUUUGUAUGCACCUCAGCUUGGGAGGGUAGGUGGGAGAUGAGGAGGAGAAAGUGGAGACAAACACAGAUGUAAGAGGGAGAGGUAUAAGAAUAGCUGGUCCUUAUGUACGUAUGUCCACAUACAUACCAGUGAUAUGUCUACUUGCAUCCUGCACCCAUGCUGGUGCAACUCAGGCUCAGAGCAGCCCAAACACCAAAAAGAAAACAAAAAAUCAUCUUCUUUCCUCACUUCCAAACCAGCCCCAAAGAAAGUCUGUUGAAGAGGCUGCCAAGGACUCUCCUUCUCCUUCUGCAUUGUCAUAAUACAGAACACAAACAAUUAGAGACUCUUUGCAAACAGAUCUGGUACGCUUUGGUUUGGUGUCAGUGUUUCUUCCACCUCACUUCCACAGUCGGGAUAGCACCAGGCCAGCUGGAACCAGGUUUAGGAGGUGGCGUAAUUCAUAGCUAUCAUAUGAGCCACCUCCAGCUGCAGCCAGCAUGGGCGCAGAUGCUGCAUUCCCUGCAGUGCCUCCCUUGGGCACUGCCAAAGCGGUGGGAUACCUCCCUCUGGAGCAUCUUUUGUGGGUGAUAAAGUUGGGGCAGCGAUACAUGAUUCUGCUGUUACAAGUGGGGAAGUGCUGGGUAGAGGCUGCUGCAGUGCAAGAAGAAGACAUCUAAAAAGGUUAAUGCCAUUGGGUGAGCAGCCACGAGACGGAGCCUCACCGACAGGAAAAGCAGUGAGCUAUCAGUAUCUAGCCUGAAGUGAGUCCUGUUGAUUUGUGAAGGAGCAAUUUGGCCUCUAUGGGAGGUGGGGGUUUCAGGGCAGGUAAAUAACUGUGUCCCAGGCAAUUCGCCACUCACCAGGAAUGGCACCAGGCCCAUGCGUGUUUUCCUUUCAGAGAAAAACCCCUUACGUAAAGGAAUCAAAGGUGAGGCAGAAAGACAAUCCAGAGCCCCCAGUGCCAUUGAUGAGGGUGUUGGAGCACGUGGUAAGGCAGGCAUGACUCCCUCACCCCUGCUGCAGCGGUGGAUUUCCAGAUUGAGAGGACAACCUUCCCUGGCAUGCUUAAACCACUCCUAAUCUGCUUUAGGACUGGACCUUUUAUAAACAACCCUGGGCAAAGCCCUUUCUUCCGGUUUCCUGAACUGUUUCACCUCAGAGGCCCUGGGGGAACCUGUGACUAUAACAAGGGAUCUAAAACUAAGCAGAGGGAUACACGGAAGGCAGCUCAUGGGACCAUCAAAAUAGGUGUUUCAUUCCAGACCAGACUGACUACAAGUUAACAGGCAGUGGGUGAAGCCUGCAGCACCCGCAAAGCCAUUUAAACAGGGAGGGGAGAAGGGACAUGAAGGAAACGGUUUCAUUCUAAACAUUACUAAGCAAAGAGCAGUAAGUGACAAGCAAAAUAAAGCUGCUGAAGAAUGUCAGUUUAAAGAGACAUAAGAACUGGACAUUGGAACUAGAUUAUCUGAAAGGUCCCUUCCAACCCAAA